CAGUACACAGAAUAACAAAAUCAAGUUUGUCGAACGCUUUUCUGUUUCGCCGCGGUUGCGGUAGACCAUUGACUUUAAACACAUGAUCACGCUUCAACUAAAACCGCAACAACCCAAACAAAGCACGGGUAAAAGAAACAAACACUGGACCACUUGCCUGCAACCGCAACACCCUUAGUCAUAAUUACAACUCUUAAAAUCCCGAAACUACCCCUACUCAUCUCCAAUAUUCUCCAUACCCUACCACCACCCAAAAAACAAACCCGUAUCAAUCCUCGUGAACCCAAUUCCUUCUUUCUGGAUCUGAUUCGAUCUACCAGAAAAAUUUCUCUCUCGCUACGUUUUUCUCAUGGCAUCGGAUCAACGUGACACUGAUUUCUCCGCUGAAUCACCAGAUCUAGAAGAAGACGGCGGCGGUGGCGGUGGCGGAAGAGGAGGAGGAGAAACUGAAUCCGACGAAGAUGUUGUUAUACCCGAACCAAACGAAGCCGAAGACGACGAUCACGAUCCCGAUCCCGAUCCAGAAUACGAAGAUCUGAAUUCUCCGUCAAUGAUUUCCAGAGCUCCGGCGACGAAAUCAUCCUCAGGAACCGUAACCGUCGCUCUUCCCGCUGGAUCCGCCGUACCUGUAGCUUCAAUUCCAUCAGAUUCCGAUCAGAAAUGGCACCGUAUGACUGAAAUCGUUCAUCAGAGACCACCGAUUGAUGAUUCACGACGUUUAUUCCAGAGACUAUGGACUGACGAAGACGAGAUCGAGCUUCUCCGUGGCUUUCUCGAUUACAUCACAAACCACCGUGGUAACAGCUCUCAUCCGCCUGAUACGGCGCCGUUUUAUGAACAGAUUAAAUCUAAGCUACAGUUAGAGUUUAAUAAGAAUCAGCUUGUGGAGAAGCUAAGGAGGUUGAAGAAGAAGUAUAGGAAUGUUAUGAGUAAGUUUAGUUCUGGUAAAGAAGUGUUCUUUAAAAGUCCUCAUGAUCAAGCUACUUUUGAUAUCUCUAGGAAGAUUUGGAAUCAAACUGGGAAAAUUAUUGGUUUUGAAGAUAAUAAUGUGAUGGAUUUAGAAGAAACUAAUCAUGUAAAUAACGCGAAUGGUAGCUCGGGUUUUAAUGUCUCUGUUAUCGGUAAUGCGAAUGUCGAUGUUGAUUCGGAGAAUGGUUUAGAGAAGAAAGUGACGAUAAGUAGAAAACGAUCACGGUCUAGGAUCGGGAAGAUCGACGAGGAUAAGCCUGUUCUUGCUCCGUGUGACGGGGUGAUACCGAAUGCGGUUAAUCUUAACGAGAAUGUGGCUGUUGGUUGUGAUUUUGGUGAUGGGAGGAAUCUUGGAGUGUUGAUUGAAGAGACGGUUAAGAAUUGUGUAUCGCCCAUGAUUAAGGAGAUGAUGAAUAGUACGACGGGUAUGAUGAUGGCUGCAACGGGUGGGUUUCCUGGAGGUGGUGCUCAUGCUCUCGGUGUGUUGAGUCCGAUGCUAAUGCCGUCGAUGAAUUUAGGGUUUGGUGGUAAGGGAGUAGGGGACGAACGGUGGAGGAGACAACAGAUUCUUGAGCUGGAAGUGUAUUCGAGGAGAUUAGAAUUGGUUCAAGAACAGAUUAGAGCCACGGUGAAUGAGUUAAAGACAAUGCCUAAUGGAGGAUGAUGCAUAAGGAAAGACUACAAUGGGUUCUUUAAGUUAUGAGAAAAUGAUGAAGAAAGAUUAUGAUGGUGAGGUAUAGUAUUAGCAAAAGUAAUAAUCUUAAUGAAAAUUUCUGAUGGUGAUGAAAUCUUUUUUAGGGUUUUAGUAUUUUUUUUUCUUGAUUGAAUCUUUUUUUAAUUUUGUCGAUUAGGAGUGAAUAACCUUUGUUCUUAGCUGAUAAAUUAUAGUUUUUGGUAGAGUUCAAAAAAAAAAAAAAACUCUUUUGUGCUAUUUAUAAUGUUUUUUUGUGUGAUGCAUAUAAUAUGAUAUUAUACAUCUAAUGAUUAAUGAACAUUAACAUGUAUUCUUUUGGAGUUUGAUCUAUGUAUUCCGAAGACGUGUCAAGUGUAGAAUCUUUGGUGUUAUGUCUUCUCUUCGUUACCUGUUGAAGUUAUUAUUAUAACUCUUUGAUAUAUCUACAUAUACAUUUUUGGGGACGAUUUGUGUCGAAAAAUCCUUUUUCAAUUUCGAUAUUGUAUGGUUAGUCCCUACAAAAUCAAUCAGACAAAAUAUUUUCUUUAGGACAAUAACCAAAUUUUUGAUAAACAAUUAAGAUAUUGCACUAACUACUUGCCUAAACA